AUGUCGCACACCUUUAUGCUGGACUCAGGUGGGGGAGAGGACAUAUUCGAUGCAAGUUUUCUUCCGGAGACCACGAAGAAGACCCGGGUUCUCAAGCUGAACAUGAGAGAGGCUCAGGAGCGGCAUAGGAGUUAUGCUGAUCAUAGAAGGAAGGAUAUUGAGUUCAAGGUGGAUGAUAGAGUGAUUGUAGAGCGGGUGGGACCGAUUGCAUACAAGUUGGAGUUGCCUGUGGUUAUGCAUGCGUUCCACAAGAUCUUCCAUGUGUUGAUGCUGAGGAAGUGUCUUCACAGGGAUGACGAGGUGUUGGCUAAGAUUCUUGCAGAUCUUCAGCCCAACAUGACUCUUGAGGCGAGGCCAGUUAGGGUUCUCGAGAGGCGGAUCAAGGAACUUCAGGGAAAAAGAUUCCUUUGA